GAAAAAAAAGAAAAGAAAAGAAAGUUCCCUUUCUUGUUGUAGUUGUUGUACCGUCUCCUUUCUCUCAGGCUUUUUCAGACAACUUUGUUGGAAAAUAAUGAGGAACAAGUAAGGAAUGUGGAUGAAGAGUUUCAGUCACAAAGAUUUGAAUUCAUAAAUCACUUUCUUUUGGAAACAUUUACUUCAUUCUUUAUGGUUUGAAGUUGAUCAGGAUCUGUUUUAUUUGUGUCUCAUUUGAGUUUUCACAACCAUGCAUAUAGGUCAAACGGAUACAGCUUCUGUGAAAUGUCUGAUCAACAGCAUUUCUCGAUUCAUUCAUCUGGUUUCUUGCCAAACGGUGAAACCUAUGCCCUUCCAGAAAAUCUGUAAUAAUAUGGUCGGCGUGUUAAAGCGUUUGAAGCCAGUGCUUGAUGACAUUAUGGACUACAAAAUUCCUUUACAUGAAAAUUUAUGUAAAGUAUGUGAAGAAUUGGAUAUUGGAGUUAAUGAAGCAAGAGAUUUCAUAGAAAAAUGGGGUUCAAAGAUGAGCAAGAUUCACAGUGUUCUUCAAAGUGGCACAUUGUUGAUCAAGUUACAGAGCACUUCACUUGACAUUUGUCACAUGAUAGUUAAAUCCUUACAGUCACCUCCAUCUGCAUCGGUUUUGGCUAAUCUACAGCACUAUAUCCAAGAACUUCAGUGUCUCAAGAAGGAAACGGCAAUGAUCUAUAUAGAAAAGGCGCUGAGAAACCAAAGAGAUAAUAUUGAACCUUGCAAUGAGAAUCUAAGGGAAAUUAUUGAGUUACUUAAAUUGACAUCAACUCAGGAGCUCUUGAAGGAAACUAUUGCUGUGGAAAAGGAAAGAUUGAACGCAGAAGGACAUAAAAUGAUAGGGGACUUGGAAGAAAUCAAUGAAAUUGUGAAUCUUGUUCGCAACUUACGUGAUUAUGUGAUGAAAACCGAGUGCUUUGCAGUCAAAAGUGGCGUCUCUUUCCCUCCGUACUUUCGCUGUCCUUUAUCAUUGGAACUCAUGGUGGAUCCUGUUAUUGUGGCUUCCGGUCAAACAUACGAGAGGCAAUCUAUCCAAAAGUGGCUUGAUAAUGGGAUGACUGUUUGUCCAAAGACUCGUCAACGACUUACUCAUACAAAUCUCGUUCCUAAUUAUACUGUUAAAGCUAUGGUAGCAACUUGGUGCGAGGAAAAUAACACCAAUCAUGCAAGUAACACCAAGUACAAUAAUUCUUCCCAUAAAACAGUCCCCUCUGAUCAUUUAUUGUCUCAAGAAUUACCCAGUGGCAAUUCAAUUUCAAGAUCAUGUCUUCAAACUGGAAAUGCAUUUGAAGAACGAAAGGAUGAUAGCUCUUUCAGAUCAAAUGGAGAAUGCAAUGGAUGCCAGAAUGUAGAAAUAGAAAAGUGGGAGCUACAAUCCAUUCACAGCAGAAGUGAAUCAUUUUCAAGUUCAAUUUCUAGUAGCGAUUGUCUACUUGCAGUUUCAAAAGAUGUAUCAAGGAUGUCCGAUAAACAUCAAAAUAUGAAGGGUUCGUCCGUAGAUGCAGGGGGGAUGGAAAAUCGAAAAAAUAAUAACAGUAAUACUACUAAUAGUCAUUCAAGAGUUGAUUCACAUAAUGUGUCAAACUCAGGAUUUAAUGAAUUGACCACCUCGUCUCAUGUCAAUAAAUUGAUCGAAGACCUCCAAAGCCAAUCAAUUGAAGUGAAAACUACUGCCGCAGAAGAAUUGCGGCUCCUUACAAGGCAUAACACGGAAAACCGUAUCAUUGUAGGGAAGUGUGGGGCUGUCACGCCUUUACUUUCGCUUCUAUAUUCAGACGGGAAAGUAACACAAGAGCAUGCCGUAACAACUCUUCUGAAUUUGUCAAUUAAUGAAGACAACAAGGCCUUGAUUAUGGAAGCAGGAGCUACAGAACCCCUUAUCCAUGUUUUGAAGGCAGGAAAUGACGGUGCCAAGGAGAAUUCCGCGGCAGCUCUAUUCAGCCUCUCUGUAAUGGAGAACAGUAAAGCAAAAAUCGGCCGUUCUGGUGCAGUUAAAGCUUUGGUGGAACUUCUUGCCUCAGGCGCACUUAGAGGAAAGAAGGAUGCAGCUACUGCUUUAUAUAGCCUAUCAAUAUUUCACGAUAAUAAAGCUCGAAUAGUUCAAGCUGGAGCUGUGAAAUUUCUGGUCCGGUUAAUAGAUCCUGCUGAUGGAAUGGUUGAUAAAGCUGUUGCUCUUCUGUCGAACCUGUCGACAAUUGCAGAGGGCAGGUUAGAAAUUGCAAGAGAAGGCGGCAUCCCUUCAUUAGUUGAAAUUGUCGAAUCGGGUUCUCAAAGAGGAAAGGAAAAUGCCGCCUGCAUUCUCUUACAAUUAUGCCUUCAUAGUUCCAGGUUUUGUACACUUGUUUUACAAGAAGGAGCUGUACCUCCUCUGGUUGCAUUAUCUCAAUCUGGUACACCAAGGGCAAAAGAAAAGGCACAACAACUUCUCAGUCAUUUUCGUAAUCAGCGGGAAGGAGCUACUGUGAAGGGAAAAUCAUGAAAAUUGAAAAUUUUGGCUAUUUCAUUUCUCCCUUCUUCUAAUCUUAAGUAAUUUGCAUUCUUUCAAUUUUUUACAUGCAUCAUUUUGGAAACUGAUUUUUAUUUUUUAUUAUUAUUUUUUUUAUCUUAGUGGCUUGUCAUUUGGUUAUUGUCAAGUUCAUGACUGGACUUCAUUGUCACUGCCCCUAUUUUCUAGGGGUAUCAAUCUAUUUUCCAUAUUUUGUAUGGGUUUUGUUUCCUUUUUACUUUGUUUUCUGUUCUUGGGACAAGGUAAGUUAGUUUCUGAAGCUUUAACUUGGUAUGAUGUAACACACAACACUAUUCUACUAAGAGAGCAUAACUCAUAUGGUCCCAAGUCAGUUCAGUACAUAUUUGUACAUAUAUUAUAGAAUCUUGUGAUCUAUAAUAAUCAGUACCUUA